AUGGGUAAUGGUAUUUGCCACAUUGGAGAAGUGAAUGGAUAAGAAAUUAAACGUUCCUAAGAUAAAAUCUAAGUUAAUCAUAUAAUAGAACUUCCUAAUUCAUUUGCUUAAAGUCCUUCAAAACCAACAAUAGAAACAUAAAACCCAACAAUCAGUUUAAAUUAAGAUGAUUGCUACGAUAUCCUUUUAACAAGUUCUUUAGAUAUGGUUCAUUUAGAACAAGAUGUGACAUCUUUAAAAAACUAUGACUAUAAAGAAAAAUGUAAGAUAAUUACAUUGCCAAUAUUGUCUGAAUUUGCAAAUGGUUAAUUGAAUAUAGAAAAUGUAACUGAGCUGUAGCUUCCUAAUAGCUCGACGUUUGAACCAAAGCCUAUUUUAAAAAUAUGUGAAUAAUUAAAGAGUAAUCAAAGUAAAAAUAAAGUAAGAUUUAAUGAUAAUGAUUGA